CAUAAUUUUGUGAAUAAAACCGAAAUAAAACUCUGCGAAAGAGUCUGUUUUAUUAUAUUAAUGUUAGGAAAACUUAGAAGUAACAUUACAAUUACGAAGCAGUACUUCAGUUAAAGUGCCGACAUUCGUUUGAAAAGAAAUUGCAGACGCAGACUAGCAAGCUGCUGCUGCAAGCUCUAAAUAAAAUCCCGGUGCUGUCAAAAAUGAUAUUCUUCGAGGGCUUCCAGAACAAUCAUCUAUUGCAACCCAGGCUAAGGCGGGAGGCACCCGCCCCUCAAGCUGACAAUUCUGGCAGUCAGUGUGUGAAGUUCAACAUUGAUGACGUAUCCUCCUUACACAAACGCCAAACGACAUCCGCAAAACAUUUGUGUAUUUACGACAUCUCCACGAAACUCCAAAAGUACAGUGAAUACGAAAUAGGAGGCACUUUCACGGACAAUGAGCCGGAUCUGUGGUUCUAUUUCAACACAUCAUACUGCCCAGGGAACAAGUGCCUCCUCAACCUUUUUGUAUGUCUGAGAAAAGUUGGCAGCUUCAGCAUUGGCAUAAGCAAGUCCCCGGAGGUCACACAUGAUGUGACCGGAGUCACAGGUAACUCGCCUGGACGAUCCUACUUACCAUAUGACUUUAAGUGGCAAGCGUUCAAGUCAAAUCAACCCGAUGAAAAAUAUUUCGUAAAGACCUAUUGCUUAACACCAAAGGAUCUAGAAGGCAAGAUACUCUGCAUCCCUAUAGCGAUUAAGACAGAUUCUGCGAGUCCUUUUAACAUGGAUCUAAUUAAACAAAUUAAGCUUAACCAUGAUUUCGGUGAACUUCUUUCGAAACAAGAGAAAACUAACUUUGUAGUGGAGUCAGCUAGUCGGAAGCAAUACCAUGUGCAUAAGAUCAUAUUAGCUGCUCACAGUCCGCUAUUACGAAACAAGGUUAAAAAUGAAACAGAUACAUCUCUGUUCUUGGAUAUAAGCGAUAAUGAUAUGGAAUUGCUCCUUCAAUUCUUAUACACAGGUACUAUUAAAGAUAUAUUGAGACAAGAUUGCAUUAAUCUGUUAGAUAUUGCAGGUAAAUUUGAGUUAGGUAACCUAUUUUUCUUAGUACAAUAUGCUAUCGCAGAACAAAUUAAUGUUGCAAACUGCAUGGAGAUUGCAGUUAUAUCGGAAAGGUACAAGUUAGAAAAACUCCAAACAACUGUUUUUCAAUUUAUAAAAGAGAACCCACAAGUGUAUGAAACUGAGGGAUGGAAUAACUUGAAUGAUAUAAAUCUUACUAAGAAAAUGUUUCAGUAUGUAAAUACUAAGAAGAGCACCUAUUUUGAUUAUUAAAAAAUAAUCACAAUAUUGAUUGAUGGUUUUAAGUAACAAUCAAGCAUAAUAGGACCAUUUUCUCAAAGUUGUUCACUCCACUUUCUUUUUGGACUUGGAAAAUUUUAUAAGGUUCUUUCUCUUUCAAUCCUAAUAGGAGAAAAAAAGUGUCCCAAGGUUUUUUCCAAUUCCAUUACCAUUUUUUCAUACAUUUUGUAUGGCGGUAACGGAAUGGAAGUUCUGAAAAAUGUAUGGAAAUCGU